CAUGCAGGAGAACUACAAGAACGUGACCUCGCUGGCAGGUGAGGGGAUGGUGAGAGAGACUGUGGAGCAGACGCCUCAGCAGGAAGAGGAGCAAGUGGAAGCACGUGGGGCGUUGUUGCAAAGAUGCAAAGGGAGUGUGUCCAGGAGUUGUGAGCAGGGAAAAGGCUCUCAGGGGCAGCACAGGCCAGAGAAGCGUCAGGGGAACCAGCCAGCGCAGAAAGUUGGAGUAUUUGUUAAUUAUCGGGAAACUCACAAAGGCCUCAAGGAAGCCAAGACCCAGCAGAGAAUCCUGACGGGAGAGAGAAAUAACACGGACUUUGAGUGUGGGAAAAAGUUCAGGAGGCACUUACACCAUCAGAAAAUCCACACUGGAGUGAGACCCUAUGGAUGCUGCGAGUGCGGGAAAACCUUCGCUGAGCGCUCAACCUUUAUUCGCCAUCAGAGGAUCCACAUCGGAGUGAGACCCUAUGGAUGCUGUGAGUGCGGGAAAACCUUCACUGAGCGAUCAACUCUUAUUCGCCAUCAGAGAAUUCACACAGGCGAGAAACCCUAUGGAUGCUGUGAGUGCGGGAAAACCUUCGCGCAGCGCUCACAACUUCUUAGCCACCAGAGAAUCCACACUGGAGUGAGACCCUAUGGAUGCUGCGAGUGCGGGAAAACCUUCACUGAGCACUCACGCCUUAUUCGCCAUCAGAGGAGCCACACAGGGGAGAAACCCCAUGGAUGCUGUGAGUGCGGGAAAAGUUUCGCUCAGCGCUCGCACCUUAUUCGCCAUCAGAAGAUCCAUACAGGGGAGAAACCCUAUGGAUGCUAUGAGUGCGAGAAAACCUUCACUGAGCGCUCGCACCUUAUUCACCAUCAGAGGAGCCACACGGGGGAGAAACCCCAUGAAUGCUGUGAGUGCGGGAAAACCUUCACUGACCACUCAUGCCUUAUUCGCCAUCAGAGGAGCCACACAGGGGAGAAACCCUAUGGAUGCUGCGAGUGUGGGAAAACCUUUGCUCGGCGCUCACACCUUAUUCGCCAUCAGAGGAUCCACACAGGGGAGAAACCCUAUGGAUGCUGUGAGUGCGGGAAAACCUUCGCUCGGCGCUCACACCUUAUUCGCCAUCAGAGGAGCCACACAGGGGAGAAACCCUAUAAAUGCCCUGAGUGCGGGAAAACCUUUGCUCGGAGUUCACACCUUAUUACGCAUCAGAGGAGCCACACAGGGGAGAAACCCUACGAAUGCCGUGAGUGCGGGAAAACCUUCACUCAGAUCUCGGGCCUUAUUUCACAUCAGAGGAGCCACACAGGAGAGAAACCUUAUGGAUGCCAUGAGUGUGGGAAAACCUUUGCUCACUUCUCAAAUCUUAUUACACAUCAGAGGAUCCACACAGGGGAGAAACCCUAUAAAUGCCAUGAGUGCGGGAAAACGUUCGCUCAGCACCCACACCUUAUUGCCCAUCAAAGGAUCCACACAGGAGAGAAACCCUAUGAAUGCCAUGAAUGCGGGAAAACGUUCACUGGGAGAUCAGGCCUUACUACACAUCAGAGGAACCACACAGGGGAGAAACCCUAUGGAUGCUGUGAGUGAGGGAAAACCUUCACUUGGAGAUCUGGCCUUAUUACACAUCAGAGGAGCCACACAGGAGAGAAAACCCUAUGAAUUCCAUGAGUGCGGGAAAUUUUCCAUCACCACUCUUCUCUUAUGCAUCACCAGAGAAGCUGCAAGGGAGAGAAACACCAUGAAAAUCUCGUCUGGGUCUCAGAAAAGAUGUUUUUUCCCUUUUGCUAAUUCCCAAGUAGUGAACUUUAGGUAGCAUUUAUGGCGUCUCAGCUCUCUGAGGUGAGUUGUCUGCUUUUCCAUUUUGCAGCUCACCCUUCCUUGGAGUGAAGCCCACGGUGUUUUUCAUCAACCCCUUUGUCCUGCAUCAUGGAAGUGUGCGUCCCUCCAGGAAUGUCUGUCAGCCCCAGGUGGGGGAGCCAGGAGUGACCUUUACUCGGUACAUGGAGGUUAAAUCUACCUGGGCCUUGGCUGCACUAGGGUUUUCCAUGGAGUUAGCUAGAUUGAGUUAGGGAUCCUGACAUAAAAACACAACUAGUUUUUUCAAUGAAGAAAAUAGCCCAUAUAGCAUCCAGGGUAAAGUAGCAAACCUCCUCACCACCGGACACAACCUCCAUCACUUUUCCUAGUCUAACCAAUUUUGGAGCAUCAUGUUUAUACUUUUCCUCCCACUGCAGUGAUUGUUAGUCACCAGGUUCCCGCAUUAGGGACAGAUUGCCUCGUUCCCAGAUUGCACUGGGUUCUGCUGAAUAGCAGUUGUGUCUUGUACCCUUUUUCCUCAAUGUAAAUAUAACAGAGAAGGCGCGAGGAUAGAGGGUGUGAUGAAGUGGGGAUUUUCCCUUGUUAUGUUGUAUGUGAGCCUAUGUGAGUUUUACAUGAAUACUGUGCGUGCCUCAGUUUCCCUAUGUGCUGCACCAAUACCUCGGUGGUGGGAAUAAGGGUGUGUGACUGUGACAAAGUGGGAAUGUUCUCAAUGUUUUCUUCAAACACUGGAUGGGUGCCUGUGGCACAGCAGGGAGUGGGGAGUGUUGACCUGGGAAGGUAGCAGGGGAGGUUUAUUGGGACUGGCUGCACUGGGGAUGGGAGACUUUCCUUGAGGGAAGCUAUCUGUGCAUGUAACAUGAGAACCCAGGAGGGAGGUUGGAGCCAGG